AUGCCUGUAUACGAACACUUAUUACCUGUUAACGGAGCAUGGAGACAAGAUGUCACCAAUUGGCUUAGUGAAGACGUGCCCUCUUUUGAUUUUGGUGGUUACGUUGUAGGUUCCGAUUCGAAGGAGGCCAAUCUAUACUGUAAGCAAGAUGGUAUGCUGUGCGGGGUUCCCUUUGCCCAAGAGGUCUUUGACCAAUGUCAAGUGCAAGUUGAAUGGUUUUUCAAGGAAGGUUGCAUCUUGGAACCUUCGAAGAAUGACUCUGGCAAGCUAGUCGUAGCCAAAAUUAUUGGACCCGCUAAAAACAUCUUGCUAGCGGAAAGGACUGCCUUAAACAUCCUUAGUAGAUGUAGUGGGAUUGCCACCGCUUCGCACAGGAUUAUUUGCUUGGCACGUUCUACAGGUUACAAGGGUACCAUUGCGGGAACAAGAAAGACUACACCUGGGUUACGUCGGUUAGAAAAGUAUUCAAUGCUCGUAGGUGGAUGUGACACCCACAGGUACGACCUUUCCUCUAUGGUAAUGCUCAAAGACAAUCACAUUUGGGCUACCGGUUCYAUAACAAAGGCUGUUAAGAAUGCUAGGUCUGUGUGCGGGUUUGCCGUGAAGAUUGAAGUCGAAUGUUUGAGUGAAGAGGAAGCCAUGGAAGCCAUUGAGGCUGGCGCGGAUGUCAUCAUGUUAGACAACUUCGAAGGUGAUGGUUUGAAGAAGUGUGCUCAGAGUUUGAAGGGCAAAUGGGAUGGUAAAAGACAUUUUCUCUUGGAAUGUAGCGGUGGCUUGAAAUUGGACAACCUCGAAGAGUAUUUGUGUGACGACAUUGACAUUUACAGCACCAGCAGUAUUCAUCAAGGUACCGGUGUAAUCGACUUCUCACUGAAACUUGCUCAUUGA